AUGUCGAACAUACCGGAAAUAUUUUCGGCAUUUCAGGGAUACUUGGACAAUGAACACUCUGUCCGGGAGGUUAUUAGAACCCACACAAGGGAAAUUGAGGCCACCGCUCGCGAGAUUCUCAUUACUCUACAGUGCAUUCACCAAGCAAAUGGAGCGAAGGAAAUACCAGCGGCUUGUGAACGUUCACGAAAGAAAUUAGAGGACGUGAGACAACAGUAUGAGCAGUUAAAAGGAGCUGUCCCGGAAGAUCAGUACUACCGCUUUCACGAUCAUUGGCGUUUUGUUACUCAGCGACUCUCAUUUCUAGUAGCUUUGAUUCAGUAUCUAGAUACGGGAGAAUUCAUUUCGCACGCAGAGGUCGCCGCAGAGCUUGGACUGGCGUGCAGGAGAACUGACGGUUUCCAUUUGGAUCUCGAGGAUUACCUCAUCGGCCAACUCGAUCUUGCUUCCGAGUUGGCUCGAUUUUGCGUCAAUGCGGUGACGUUCGGAGAUUAUGCUCGACCUUUGCAUAUAUCUAAAUUCUUGGGCGAGCUGUCAGCUGGCUUUCGCAUGCUCAAUUUCAAAAAUGAUUCGCUUCGAAAGCGAUUUGAUGGUCUCAAGUACAACAUUAAAAAAGUGGAAGAAGUGGUAUACGACUUGUCCAUCAGGGGCCUGAAACCAUCUGGAGAACCAAACAGUGGUGAUCCUUCAGAAUUAGAACCGAAAGUUUCUCCGAGUGAAGGGGUUGGUGAGGGAGGAGGUGGACCUACUAAUUCAGCAGAUUGA